CGCCGGGCCCGCGGGCCGGCGCCGCAAAGCCACCCGGGCUGGGCGCAGGCGGGCCCCGACGGCGCGGCUUUCAACGCGGGCAGCCCGCACCCCUCGCCCGGCUUCUCGUACUCGCACAGCCCGCCCGUGAGCAGCGCGGCCGGCCGCGACGGCGCCUACCAGAGCCCGCUGCUGCUGGGCAGCGCCGGCCGGGACCAGUACGGCGGCGCCUUGGUGCGCUCCGUCGGGGGGACCUACUCCAGCGCCUACCCGGCCUACAUGAGCCCGGACAUGCCUCCGUCCUGGCCCGCGGGGCCCUUCGAGAGCAGCGUCCUGCAGAGCCUCCAGAGCAGGCAGGGCCUGCCCGGCCGGAGAGCCACCUUCGAGUACUUGGAGGAGUUCCCCGGGGACGGCCGGGAGUGCGUGAACUGCGGGGCCAUGUCCACGCCGCUGUGGAGGAAGGACGGCACCGGGCACUACUUGUGCAACGCCUGUGGGCUCUACCACAAGAUGAACGGCAUCAACCGGCCGCUCCUCAACCCCGACGGGGGGCGCGGGCUCCUGGGGCAGGGGCCGGGCACUCGGGGGAAGGAAGGGGCCGGGAGCUGUGCAGCGGGGCUUUCAGGGGGGCUGGCCCCACACUUCUGCACCCCACAGGCGGCUGGGAAAGAGGGGCAGAGCCGUGCUGAUGCCUGGGGCAGCGGCACCCCACAGGAGUCAUCAUCUAGACGUGCUGGUCUUUGUUGCACUAACUGUCACACAACCAACACCACCCUCUGGAGACGCAACGCAGAAGGAGAACCCGUCUGCAACGCCUGUGGAUUAUACAUGAAGCUCCAUGGGGUACCACGACCUCUGGCAAUGAAAAAGGAAAGCAUCCAGACGAGGAAAAGGAAGCCUAAAAACAUUAGCAAAGGCAAAACUUCAACAGGGUCGACAACUUCAGCCACUAACUCCCCUUCCUCCAUUACAAACUCAGACAGCACCGUCACUUUAAAAACCGAGCCCAGUGUGACAUCGCAGUUCCCGGGACAAACGAUCGUGUCGGUUUCCCAGGCUCAAAGCCAAUCAGACGAUACACUGGCCGGCGGCCACUCCGAGUUCAAAUUUGAGCCUGAGGAUUACACCUUCGCUUCUGCCAUGACUCCGCAAUCAGGACUCAGCGUCCCCCUCCGUCAGGACUCUUGGUGUGCACUGGCAUUGGCGUAGAAACUGAGCUUCCCAUGAAACACUCUGGACCAACCUUUCUACCUUUCUCACUACUGGAUUGCAGGUAGAAGGACUGGCUGCCUUGGAGCUUUGGGACUGGAAGGUUUCCAAGUAGUCAAUCUGAUUCUGUAUUGAAAGACAGAUUUCUCUCGGAUGGGGUGUGUGAGAACGAUGACCGAACGUGCCCAGGUUCGUUCUCCUUGACUGACCGGUUCUGUGGUACUUGCUUCCCUAAAAGCUUUUAUUCUGCCGAAGUGAAUGGGAGACCCUUCCCCAAAGCAGGACGGAUGGGGGCGUCUGUUUUCGCAAGGAAACUUUUUACCUUCCUGAGAUGAAACCAAAAAAUAAAUGCAUCCCAGAAUCUAUGUUUAUUCAUGAUGAUUUCUCCCUCUUCUGACUCCUCUGUGUGCAAUUUAUUCCACUUUCCAAUAAAGACUGCAAUAACAUGGCACCAAGUAACUUAAUAUUAUUAAAAUGUAAACUGUGUGGCCUUUUUAUGGUUUAUUGGCCAUGGCAGGAAAGGGGGGAGCGGGGAACCUGUUGUUCUAAACAUUUACUGUUUUAUAUUAAAAACAAUCAUCUCUAUAGAGCAUUAGCUUCUGAAGCAUUUAUCCUAUCCACACGGCCCGACGAGUCAGCCAUGAAAUAAACACGCCGUUCUUCCAGUUCUGUCUCCAAAGAAAGAGCUAUUUUAAACCAGAAAUGGUAAAAAAAAAAAAAAA